UCACUAUUCAUAUUACAGUGAAUUUCCGAUUUUGUCCUCGCCCAUUUUUCUUUUAUUGCAACUUUGCCCCUUUUGCUUGCUGUCAAACGGAGAACAUUUGCUUUGCUGUCAAACGGAGAACAAAAUGGGACGCGUGGGUUUUCCCAGCUUCUUCCCUCUGUCUCUUCGACUCAUUGUUCAUCCUUUCCACCGCUUCAAUCUUGCUCUCACAGUUUCAUUCCCUUUUAAAUUUUUUUCUCUCACGGUUUCGUUGCUUCCUUUCCACCGCUUCAAUCUUCCUUCAACUGGCUGCAGCCUCCUCUAUCAAACCCUAUAAAUCGUUUUGCUGUUUUUGGGCACCCUCCUUUUUAUCCCUGCUCCUUGCUUUCCCCAACCUAGAAUCCUCCUCCUUUCCCCGAAAGAGAAAUCUUAAAUCCACAACCCAAAACUCAGUCAUAGUUGCCCAACGAAGGUAGAUUAAUUGAAGAAAGAUUGCUCCAUCAUAGCGGGCAAGAUGGCUGGAUAAGUCACGUGCUUCCUGUCUUUUUUCUUCUUUUCUGGACCCUUCUGCUUCGUUUUCUUCAGAACCCUCACUCAGCUUCCCCAUCUCUCUUCGAUCUCCGCUUCGCGCUCUUCAAUCUUUGCUUCGUCAUCUCUUCCUCCGUGCUUUCUCCGUGAUUUCUUCACCAGCAACUUUGCUCCAGAUCUUUCCAAUUGAAAAAACCCAGAUCAUCAUCAUCUAUUCCUCAUCACCACAGGUUUUUGAAAAAAUUCGCCUUCACUGACUAACUAAAAAUAUUUAAACGCUGUUGCUGAUCGGUAUAAAGACAAAAUAAAAAAGUUGUGGUCCUCUGUUAGGAUUUUACUGGCAAACAGUAUAUUUUGCAUUUUGGUUGCUCAGUUUCUCAAUCACAGAUUUGCAAAUAGCUAUCGUGGUGCUAUUAUUUUUGGCUUCAAAUUUAGACAGCAGUAGCUGCUACAGUUGAAAUCCAAUUGCAUAUCUUAUUUCUACGCCUUUGGUUUUAUCGGUGGUUAGGGUUCUCUGCCCAUUAUCUGUUGUUUGGAGUUUGAACUUUUUACAAGCCAUGUUAAGAAGGUCCAGAGAUAGCAAACUGAAUAGAAUGAUACAAGAAGACCACAUUUUUGUUCUUCCAGUGGUAUACAAGUUUGUGAUAAACCAAGCUUUGAACCUCAUAACAAAAGACGAAAAGAAGACCAUAUUGUUGGUUCUUCCAGUGGCAUACAAGUUUGUGAUAAUCCGAAUCAAAUUAGUAAAGGUCAAGCCAAUUUUCAGAAAAAUAAAAAAGGAAAUGUUCAGAAAUAUGUGGAUUUGGGAGACAAGAAUUAUAAAUGCAUCUACUGUGGUGCAUUUUUUUGGAUAAAAGAGUCUCUAAAACAGAAGUCAAAGAAUAAUGAGCCCCUUUAUUCUCUUUGUUGCCAACAAGGAAAAGUCAAGCUCCCACGUCCAUUGCCUACUCCUCACUUUUUAGAAAAUUUGCUUGACCCAACUAAAGGCCAAAAAAGUUUAUUGUUUAGAGAGAACAUCAGAGCUUAUAAUUCUAUGUUUGCAUUCACUUCAUUGGGAGCUAAAGUUGAUCACACAGUUAAUAAUCAAUCAGGUCCUUACAUUUUCAAAAUUAGUGGUCAAGUACAUCAUUUAAUGGGUUCUUUGUUACCCCCUGAUGGUGAAUGUCCAAAGUUUGCUCAACUGUAUGUUUAUGACACUGCUAAUGAAAUUGGAAAUCAUCUUAAUUCUGUUAAUUGUAAGGAAAGAAAUAUGAAGCUUGAUGAGAAUAUUGUUGAAGGUCUAAUCAACAUGUUCAAUGAAUUGAAUGAAUUGGUUCAAAUGUUUCGAACAAUUAGAGAUAAAUUUGAAAACAAUUCUCUCCCUUCUUUGAAAAUAUCUAUAUUAGGUAGGCAGUUAAAUGAUGAUAAACAAUAUGGACAACCUACAUGUGAUGAAAUUGCUGGUUUAAUUGUGGGUGAUAUUGGUCAAUUUGACUCAAACAGGGAUAUUGUCAUAGAGUUCAAAGAUGGUGAACUAAAACGUGUGACAAAAUUAAAUCCAAAAUUUAUGUCUUUACAAUAUCCAAUUCUUUUUCCAUAUGGUGAAGAUGGAUACAGACCUGAUUUAAAAUUGAACACUCCCUCAAACAAUCGCCCAUGUAAAAGAGGAAGAGUGACUACAAGAGCAUUUAUAGCCUAUCAAAUUCAAGAAAGGGAGUCUCAAUUAGAUACAUUGCUAAAAGGAGGAAGGCUCUUUCAACAAUUUUUGGUAGAUGCUUUUGCAACACUUGAAGAAGAUCGAUUGGAUUACAUUAGAAAAAACCAAAAAUACUUACGAAGUGAGGUGUAUAAAGGCAUUUAUGAUGCUGUAUCAAAAGGUGAUCAUGAUACUGAUAACAUAGGCAAGAAAGUAAUAUUACCUAGCUCAUACACAGGAAGCCCUAGAUAUAUGCUUAACAACUAUCAAGAUGCGAUGGCUAUUUGUACACAAUUUGGUAAUCCUGAUUUGUUCAUAACCUUCACUUGCAAUAUCAAAUGGCCUGAAAUUGUAAGAGAAUUUGAUACAAAACUUGGAUACAAGUCAGAGGAUAGACCACAUAUCAUUUCUAGGGUUUUUAAAAUGAAACUUGAUGAUAUGAUUAGCUACAUAAAAUCAGGAGAACCUUUUGGAGAAGUUGAAGCAGAUGUUUGUACAAUCGAGUUUCAGAAAAGAGGCUUGCCUCACGCUCACAUCUUAAUUUGGUUAAAGAAGCCUUACAAAUGCUUCUCUGCUGAUGACAUAGAUUUCAUCAUUUCAGCUGAAAUACCAAAUAAAAAUUCAGAUCCUCUCCUUUACGAAAUUGUCAAUCAAUUCAUGAUUCAUGGUCCUUGCGGACAACUUAAUCAAAAUUCUCCGUGCAUGCGAGAAAGAAAAUGUUCUAAGUUUUUUCCAAAGCAAUACAAAAGUGAGACAAUUUUUGAAACAAAUGUUUUUCCUGUGUAUAGGUGUCGUGAUGAUCCAUCAAAAUUUGUGGUUAAAAAUGGGAUGCAAAUUGAUAACAGUUUUGUUGUACCUUACAAUUCAGAUUUAUUAUUGAGAUACAAUGCUCAUAUAAAUGUUGAGUCAUGUUGUCAAUCAAUGCUUAUAAAAUAUCUUUUCAAAUACAUAAACAAAGGUUCAGAUCGAGCAAGAAUUGUUUUCGAAGAGAAUUCAAACAAUGAAAUACUUGCUUAUUUAAAUUGUAGAUAUAUAUCUCCAUACGAAGCUGUUUGGAGAUUGUUUGAGUAUCCAAUUCAUAUGAGAGAACCUCCUGUUGAACGAUUGCCGGUGCAUCUUCCUUUGGAACAAACUAUUGUUUUCAAUAGUAAUCAGUCACUUGAAUCAAUUGUUAAUCAAAAAGCUUCUGAACACACAAUGUGA